AGCAGUAUUCAAUAUAGAAAAUGGCUGCCACUUUAGGAUAAUAGUGUUGUAUACUAUAAUUUUAGAAGUUAAAAAUGUAUAUUUCUCUUUUUCCCUUUAAGUAUUUUAGAAAUACUGUAGUUUCUUUAGAAGUGUAUGAUCUCGGUUUACAGUGUUAAAUACGGAUAUUAAUUGUGGAAUGUUUCAAUUGUCUACUUAUCCUCUAGUGUAAUACGAAUCUGAUUACUUUGUGGUUAGAAGAAAGAAAUCAUUUUUUUAAUUUGUUAUAUCAGCUAAGCCAUGAACGAAGUUGAAAUACAAGCCCAGGAACUUCUUCGUCAUCGAGAUUGGAUAGCCGCAUUGGGAUUAUUUGAUCAGCUUCUUAACUUUCCAUUGACAAAAACCUUACCUAAAGAAAGGAUUGUCAGCUACCUACUGGGUCGAUCAGAAUGUUUUUUGGAACUUGGUAAGCACGAAGCAGUUGUUCUUGAUUGCAGACGAGUGAUCAAACUUCUAAAUGGUUUGGAUGGUGGUAGUAAUUGUGGAAUUAGGGCUCGAAGGCGAUUAGUUCACGCACUUUUCACUCUGCGUAGAUUUGCAGAAGCUGAGGCUGCAGCUUCAGAAUGGAUAGCAGCAAGUGGUGGUGUUACUAACAGCAAUCCUGAAGCUGCUAGUAUGUUAGAGAGAGUAAGACUAAUUCUGCAAAUGGCAAAUGGUCAAAAGAGUCAUAAAAAUAUAAUGCCUUUGAGAAUUGACGAAGAAAUCCUCUCAUCCGAUUACAAACUAGAUUCUCUGAUGGGAGAUGAAAGAACAAGAAGAAAUCGUAAACAUCCUGUUGAACUGAUUGAUGAUGCCAGUGAAAUAGAAUCACAAGAUCAAGUAAAACAUAUUUCCAGUGUAAUGCAAGUUCCUGAUAACUUCGCUCAACUCAAUAUGGCCUUGCCUCCUCCAGCAACGUCACAUUCGUCCCAAGUGGAUGAUUAUUGCAAUUACAUACAGCAAAAUAUACAGCAAGUUCAAAAUAUGAAGCUAGAAGAUGAUGACAAGUUGACGGCAGAUGGUAGAUACUCGUGCACCUACUGUUGUCUGACGUUCGUGGAUCGAAGUGAACUACGCUCACAUUGCCAGUCAGAGGCGCAUCAAACUGUGAUAAUGUCGGACGAAGGGAGGGACUGGAAGUGGCGCCCGCCACCACGUGGCUACACGUGUGAGACGUACGGCCUGUGCGAGUCGUGGGCCGACAACGGCACGUGUCGCUACGGCGAGCAGUGUGUGGAGGCGCACGGCGCACAUGAGUUGAAUGAGUGGCGCGAACGAUUCCAGUAUCGACGCAUGAAACUGCAGCGUGCCUGCGAGAAGGAGCUCUACGGAAAGUCCUACACCGAACAGCUGCUCGAAAGAUGGGUUCAGUCUUCCAGCCCGGACCGUGUGAUGAGAGAGAGGGUGGACAACGUGGAAGAGAGUUGCAGCGAGGAUCUUGUAACAACAGUUUCGUCCAAGGUCAGCCAGAGUGAGUGGAACUUCACCCUCCUGUCCAACACACCGUUGAGAGCCGUUGCUCUACUCCAGGAUGCCCACCGAAAUCACUUUGUGUUAAGACACAUAGUGUGCGUGGCAACGGACUCCAACGUGACGUUGGUGAACGCUGAGCCGGUCAACGACCAGGAGUGGACGGAGGGCGCCGGUCUGGAGGAGAGGGCUGGAGGGGGAUGCGCGUACGAGCAGCGCGUGCGUGUGACGUUCACGACCGACAUCUACGGCACAUUCCGACAGUCGGUCGUCUUCGACUUUGGCGUCGAACCGGUGCUGGUCCGCCAUCUUUGUGUCGAUGUUGUGCCGGUCACCGACGCCGACAAGAUCAAGGAAAUCAAGAAGGAUUUGAUACUGUCGAACGCCGAGCGUUGGGACAAGGAGAACUGUGAGGUGAUCUCGUUCAGCUCGCCCGUGGUGCCGGUCACAUCGUCCGAUGCAGAGAGAGAGAACGAGCUGCUGACCACCUAUCCCCCUCCCAGGGCCGACACCUUCACUCUCACACAGUCCACUGUCUCUGAGAAGCGGCUCACCCGAAACAACUACCGCGCGCGCAUGCAUGAGCUGUUGUGUGUUGAAGAGAUGGCCAGAUAUGAACAGGUGGCAAGGUAUAACCUAACGGCUCCCCUGAGGCUGGCCAACUGCUACCUGCUGUCACCAAGUGGUGUGGCGGCCAGCACUGCCAAGUACGCGCAUAACGGAGAACUGUUUGCGCUCAUGACCUUGGGCAAGAACGUUUCCGAGGAUACGUCAGCUGGACGACUAAUACUGAAUAACUGUACCACCGUUUUGUUAGCACCUGCCAAAAACGAGACUGAAGAAAAAGUGACUGAAGUUGGUGAAGACGGAAAGAAACCCAGGAAAGUGGUCUACGAAGCUCUCAUUGAAGAUAAAGGGAAAAAUGUAGUCUAUCUGAGACUGUCAGCCGCCACGGUUUCUUCCCUCGAUUUGAAAGCUGACACUGAAUUUUCAAUGGAUGUUCAAUUCCAACUGAACAGGGUACCUUAUUGUGAAUGGCAUCUUGCCAUUGAUAAAAUUGCCGACUUCAGAGUUAUUUUUCCCGAAACGUAUUUAGAGCCCAAUAUACCUUGGACGCCUCAAAGGCAAUGGAGUGAAACUCUUGAUUCUCGUUUAAAUUUAAAGCAGAAGGAAGCAGUUGUAGCGAUUACAACUCCGGUUUCCAUUCCUCUGCCUCCAAUACUCAUUAUAGGUCCUUUCGGUACAGGGAAGACAUAUACACUGGCACAGGCCAUGAAAGAGGUGCUGCUACAGCCGAAUACAAGAGUGCUGAUCUGCACACAUUCCAACUCAGCUGCUGAUCUCUACAUCAAAGAUUACCUGCACCCCUAUGUCGAGGCUGGGCACCAGGAGGCCAAACCGCUCAGAAUCUACUACCAUAAAAGAUGGGUUGCAACUGUCAAUCAGGUUGUUCAGAAGUAUUGUCUGAUUGAAUCGACUAGUAACUUGAGGACCUUCAAAGUACCAACGCUGGACGAUAUUGUAAAGCACAGGGUUGUUGUUGUCACACUCAGCAUUUCAAUGUUUCUAUCAACUAUUGGAUUGAAAAAAGGUCAUUUCACACACAUUUUGCUGGACGAAGCGGCGCAGGCAAUGGAGUGUGAAGCGAUUAUGCCUCUCGCUCUAGCUAACGAAGAAACAAGGAUAGUGCUUGCUGGAGAUCAUAUGCAGCUGAGUCCGGAGCUAUUUUCUCAGUUCGCCAAAGAGAGACAUCUACAUGUAUCGUUAUUGGAAAGGCUUUACGAUCACUAUCCUAGUACAUUCCCAUGUAAAAUACUCCUAUGUGAAAACUACAGGGCACAUGAAGCAAUAAUCCGGUUCACUUCAGAACUCUUCUAUGACCAAAAACUUAUAAGUAGUGGUAAACAGCCAAGACACGAUAAAUUCUAUCCACUGACGUUCUUCACAACUCGUGGCGAGGAUGUCCAGGAUAAAAACUCGACAGCAUUUUACAACAAUUCUGAGGUAUAUGAGGUGGUGGAGCGAGUCUCCGAAUUGAAGAAGCGUUGGCCAAGCUCGUGGGGAAAGUUGGACGAGCAUUCAAUCGGCAUAAUGACACCGUAUGCCGAUCAAGUAUUCAGAAUUCGAUCCGAACUCCGCAAAAGAAGAAUGGGCGGCAUCUCAGUAGAACGAGUAUUGAAUGUACAAGGUAAACAGUUCCGUGCAAUAUUUCUUAGUACCGUAAGAACAAGAAGGACCUGCAGUGAUGCGGCCAGUAAAUUGAGAUCAGAAGAUGAGAUGGACUACGGCUUUUUAUCCAAUUCCAAGUUGUUGAACACGGCAAUAACUCGCGCCCAAAGCUUGGUGGCGGUUAUAGGCGAUCCAGUUGCUCUCUGUUCCAUUGGUCGUUGCAGGAAAGUUUGGGAAAGAUUCAUCGAUAUUUGUAAUACAAAUAACAGUUUGUAUGGCAUCAAGUGGUCCUACUUGAAGAGCUUACUGGACGGCGUUGAGCUGAAGAAGACCUACACUUUGAACCCGCUGGCUCCAGAGUUUGUGCCUCGCCAGAUGCAAACAGAAGCCUACAUCAGGCUGCCUUCCAUCCUGGGACCCUACGGAGCAGUGCCACACGGUAUGCGCUACCCGCCUCCAUUUCUUCCGCCCGCUUCGAUCUACCCAGUAUCUCCCGUCUACUACCCUGCAUAUCAGCACCCCCCCGGCUCUUUCUUCCCGGGGGUGAGGCCUUCAGCGGCCCCCAUCUACCCAGCAGGCAACGCCAGCCCUUGGGGCCUCAACUACCCUGCCAUGAUUUCGCCCAACAAUGCCGCUGCAGCAGGACCGGCCAAUGGCAUGUUCCCGGCAGCCAACGGUUGGAUUAAGAAGAAGCCCGACCCCUUGUCCCCACCGAUUCGCAGAGAGGAGAUCAGACCUCCACCAGGGCUGGUUCCCCCUCCCUUGCCCGCCCAACAAAGGAAUCCGGCUCCUCAGCCCAUUUUCCCCCACCAGGUACUCCCCAGACCCUCCCCCACGAGUCCCAAUUCCAUUCUGGAAUCGCAGCAAGCUAUCCAGACUCAGCAACAGCAACCUUCACAACAACAGUUGCCCAUGUCUCAGCAACAGUUUCUGAGAGCAACAACUCCACUGCCCCAGUUCAUAACUUCUCACCCACCUCCUCCGCAACCCCAGAAACAUCAUCCACUGAUCAUUGACCAGCCAAGACGGAUAAUGCCCAACCUUCCUCCGCCCAUCGAAAAACAGGAGCAAAUUCAGUUUCUACAAAAUGUUCACUUUCCUGAAAGGACGGUGAAUGGAAAUCUGUGUGGUCUCUCUUUACCAGAGACACUCAAUCUAUCUGAGCUGUUGGAAACACAGACUAUAAAACAGUUGGAGUUCUACACCCAGAACACUAGUAGAGUCGAUAAUUCUUUGAAAGGAGGUUUGGAUAAUUCGGGUAAUUUCAUUGAAAUGAUGGCGCAUCAACCAAGGAAAGCUAUCAUUGCGUCGAAUGCGGUUGUUCCCGAUGUAAUCAGAAGCAUUGAGGAUAUGUUCACAGACAAGCCAAUCACAAUCCUGCAUCAGAACGGCCACAUAGCGAUGCCAUUGGUUGAAAGCCAGCUGGCUCAGUCGCAACCACAGGACCAAUUGCACGCCGCGCAAGUCGCGCAUAUGUGGUAUGAAAAGUCGUCUGCCGAGAGGCAGAUGGCUAACAGAGACCUGGAAGCAACACUGUAUCAACAACAUCUCCUCCAACAACAGCAACAGCAGAUGGCUGCCCAGCAGCGCAUCGAAAGACCGGAUGACCUGUUUGAGUUGUGGGGCAACAACAACAGUUCCGUUAGCAACAACGUCCCAUUGUACCGGCGACAACCGCAGAAUCAACAACAACUACAUCAACAACAACAGCAUAGUGUUCUGGAAAACGGUGGCGACAAUUACCAUCAUUUGAUUGAUGAAGAGAGAAAGCCGCCGCAGAUGAACAGCGCCAGCGCGUUUGCCGGCUACGCACAAGCCUAUCAGCCCCAUCAGCCGCAGCAUCAUCUGUUUCAACAGGAGCACGAAUCAGCUGAUGAGAUGUUGGCCAACAUCCACCGGCAGACGACCUAUGCCAGUGUGGUCCGCACCCAAAAGUCGGAAUCCUCCUCCCCUGUCGAGGAGAAAGGCGACCCGUUUGCGAUUCUGAGGGAACUUGGAAAUAAAACUACCCGAACGGGUCUUUAUCAUUAUUUUGCUUAAGUUAUAAACAUAUUAUAUAUUCGUAGUGGGAUAAAUGUAGAUGUGCAUUCAGUAUUUUAUUAGCACAAGCUAGAUGGAAAUUAGAAAUAUUUCAGUCAUAUUACGUUUCCUGGUAAUUACUCUAUAUCUUGUCAAAAUCUUCAUUCAAACUGUCCUUUUAAAUGUUCAUCAAAUUCAUUUAUAAUAAUAUAUGUCUUAUCUACAAUAAUGUCUAUUCUUUACCAUUUAUUGGAGUGUAAUGGUGACUCAGGUAGUACCCGCAUAAAUGUUUGUAGUCAAUGGCUACAUGUCCUCAAUAUAAGCUCUUCAAAUAAUGUCAAGUUAUUCUUCAUUCAAUUCUGCAUAACUGCAGUAAUGUGAAAAAAGUUAUUGAUUAGCCCUAUCAUUUUGAAAAUUUGAUUUUUCUUUGUAAAUAAUACCCCAUACUCGCGAUUAGAUUCAUCUAUAAAAUAGAUAUUUAUUUUUGAAUAAAUGAAUUGAAUUUAUCUUUACUGUAUUUGAAUUAUUUCAACUUUUAAAAGUCAAGUUGUCUUUUCAAAUAGUAAAGUUGAUCUUGUGCGUAUCAUGUUUUUCAUAUCUACAAUUGAUCAGAAGAUCACAGCUUUUUGUUUAUAAUGAAUUUGAAAUUUUUUUGAUUUCCAAGAUCUUCAUGAUGAAAAAAUUAUAAAUUGAGAAUUUUGCCAAUUCUCAAUUCUUUUGUUAUAUUUAUUUGAUUAUUAUAAUAAUCUCCAGCUUAUUCUUCUUCAAUUUUCAAUGAAAUUAUUGUCGUGUAAUCCAUACUCUGAGUAUUUAAAAAUAUCACUAUAUAUCAAACUAGUGUGUCAGUCUAAAUGGUGGAAAAAUAGUUGUUAUUUUAUUGUAGUCAUUGGAAAUGGGCACAAUUUCGUUAUUUACUGCAACAUGUUAGUGGAUAUAGAUUCGUAGUUAAUUAAUAUAACUGGAGUGUGUCGGGUAAAUAAUUUGCGCAGUUAUAGCUAUUUAUCAUAACAUUUAAUAGAAACCACUUGAAAUUAGGAUAAAUUUGUGAUCUGAAACAAUGUGAAAGUCCAGUAUUUAAUCUUGUAAUGUAACAGUGAAUUCACCGUAUAUUAUAUAAUAUAUAUUUAUACUGAAAUGUUUCAACUUAAAUUAUUAAUAGAGUUUGAUCUUAUCUCAUUAAUUCAAUUAAUUAUUAUGUACGUAAAGUUGUUAAUUUUGAUUAC